AUGAUGAUGCAGAUCAGUAGUGAUGUUGAAAGCAUGCAAUCUGCAGAUGAGCCGUCCCUUUUGGCACUCAGUGAGACCUCUGUGGAGUCACCACAGACCACCAGUCCUUUUCCAGGUCCCCCUCAGAAUGAUAAUGACGUAAACAUGGCUACAUCAGCCCUAAUCACUGAUGAAAGACGAGUUCCAUCCCUUUCGCUGAGUGAUGUCAAUCCACCAGAGGUUCAGAAAGUUGUUGUUGAACACAUUGUGAAGAGGGAGGACACGGGUUCUUUCUUGUCAUCUCCUAUCCGACUUCGCUCCUUCUCCGGGAAAAUUCCCAGACCAAAUAGCGAAGCAGAUUAUGACACUUGGCGCUCGCACAUUGAACUUCUUUUGAAUUAUCCCAGCAUGUCUCCUCUUCAAGUGUCCAGAAGGAUCCUGGAGAGCUUGCUUUCACCUGCAGCAGAUGUGGUUAAAAGCCUGUGCUCCAAUUCACUGCCUUCUGCCUACCUGCAACUGCUAGAUUCAGCUUUUGGUGCAGUUGAGGAUGGAGAAGAGCUGUUUGCUCAACUCAUGAAUACUCUCCAGGAUCCAGGCGAGAAGCCAUCUACUUACCUGCAGCAGUUGCAGCUUGCACUUAACCAGGCUGUUAAGACGGGGGGUGUUGCACCAGGGGAAGUAGGUAAACACCUUCUCAAGCAGUUUUGUAGAGGGUGCUGGGACAUUGUUCUGCUCUCUAGUCUACAACUUGAGCAGAAGAAAAGCUUUCCACCUUCGUUCACAGAGCUUCUGCUAAUGUUACGUACCAAGGAGGACAGACAGGCAGCUAAAGCUAGUCGCAUGAGAAAACAUGUAGGAUCCAUAAAACAGAGAGUUCAGCUCCAGUCACAGAGUAGCUUUAUUUUUGAGCCAACAGAGAACCCAGAGACCAAUCCCAGUGCUAUAGAUGAUCUUAGGAAGCAGGUAGCGAGCCUCCAGAGUCAGCUAACUACCUUAAUGGCUCAGAAGAAGUAUAAGGGGUUCAGUGAUAGGGGUGCUACAGGGAGAACACAGGAUAGAGUGUUAGCAUCACAAAGUGCAAAACCAGACAUGUCAAAGCAACCAAGAAAGAACUACACAAAUGAACCCAGACCGUGUUAUUGCUUUAAUUGUGGGGAGGAUGGGCACAUAGCGACAAUUUGCACCAAUGACUCAAACCCGACUGUAGUGACUGAAAAGAGAAGACAGUUAGAGGAAAGACAGCAUGUGUAG